UCUGCACUUUGGUUCUUGCAACUUCAUUCGAGGUGAAUGUCUAAUAUAGAAGGAAAAUUUGAGUAUAAAUUUGGAAAGUCAGCAUUUGUUGGAUGAAGCAAGCUAUUAGCUCAACAACCCCUCGCACGGACAGACCGAACCUUGUACAGCAUCUAAAGACAGCCUAUUCUAGCCUCUUCUGAGGCCACAGUGAGAACAGAGUCAUUUAGCAGCCAUUCUUACUUCACUGUCUACAUAUAACAAAAGGAGAACAAUACAGGAUUGGAGAGCACUACCACGUGAUACGAUACACACGAGACUCUUAUUUACAGCCCACGCGUGGUGUGUUGUCCAAUUUACCGUACACUAGGACAGAGUGAAGCUGGAAUGGAAAGCCCACUACCUACUCGUGCACUAAAGCGGGAGAGCGACAGCCAUGAGCAGAGUUCUAGCUCUAAACGAUCGCACGGGGCGACGAUGGAUCCUCUGGCGCUCAAGGACUUAGGCGAGCACUUAAAGAUUUUACCCGUGCCUACGGACACCGAUGACCUGGAAACGACAUCGCGAAAGAUGCAGGAUCUCGCCAGGGUUGUUGAGCGGGGCAAUAGUCUUGCACUCUGGACGGGAUUGAAGCUGGCGUCGCACAACAAACGCAGGGAUCUGGAAAGCUCGGCUAGGGCACAAAUGACGGAAUCUGAAUGGGAGCUGUAUGAGCGCUGGAAAGGAAUGCAGGACACCUGCAAUGACGGGGACGAGCACAAUAACCAAAAUGAGCAGCAGAAGCCAUUGGAUAUUCCAGAGUACAACUGGAACGAGAACAAAGCUCCUGUGCCAACAGGAGCUCACAGUGUCCGAAAAUUUACACAGCGGGCAGCAGCCAUGGACAUGGUCUGGGGCCACCAAGGCGCCACUCCCGAGCAUGCAUCAUGGCUGACUUUUAAUAUGCCAGUUAUGCUACCCCUCAUUAAAGCGAUCACCAAGGUCUCUAAUAUCCAGAAGCACAUUCAGGACGCUGAUCCUCUGGCUGGUAAACUGACAGAUAUGGAGGCUGCAGAGAUUGAAACCGUGCGCAGGAUAGUAGAGGUCGCAGAGGGAAACAGAUUACGUGAAUUGGAACGGAUCCGCAAGCUGGCCAAAUCCAUCUGUGAGUCGGCUGCAAUCAUCAAGUCUCGUGCAGAGGGACUAGAGAAACUUGAGAGGUAGCGUGUUCCACCGGCUGUUGUCGAGUCAUGGAGGUAUAUAACUGAGAGGCACGGGAAAAGAAAAAGUGAGAGGCUUUGCUUUCAAACUUUUUUAUCGUAAUCAUUUACCAGUCAGUCCACGCCAUGAUAGAUAUGUAGAAACGGGAAUCCGAGAUGUGAGGUCUCCUAUCCCCGUUCUCAAUUGGGAUGCAGGUAAUUACUGGAUUGAGCGAUUCCAUAUCUCUCGAGACCACCAGAGAAUCACCUGAUCCGACCGGUAAUGACGCAAGGUUCGACUGCAGCGAAAAGAGACCCUAAAAGUCGCUCGCAUCCAUUAUUGGUCACCGGGCUCGUCGGAUAUUAAUCUGGGCCAUAUCCACUCAUAUCCGAGGACGCCAAACCCGAAGCGAAACAAAUCUCCAUUUUGGCUGUUGU